CUUGGUUUCAUGACAGGAGCUUUAAAAUGGAUCCCUGAGACACCUUAAAACGGAGGGAGUCGUAGAAAUAAAAAAAGACAUCAUGGAGUUCCAUCUACUCGCAUGUUGGUGUUUUAUGCUCGUCAUGUCGAGAUUGAUGACGUCACAUGCGCUAUCGCAUGGGCCCGGACGCUGCUGGAAUACCAUCAGUGCUCUGAUUACCGUACGUGAGACGUUUGCGGAAUCGAAGACGAAACGGACAGCGACUUGCUGUGACUGGUUCUGCUCAUCGAAAUGUUCUUCAUACAGAAUGGUUUAUCGUACUGCUUAUCGCAACGCGCUACGGACGAUGUACAAGAUAGACUUGGGAUGUUGUCCAGGCUGGAGACCUCAGGAAGGGCACUGCGUACCUGCUUCCAUACCAGAUGGUCGAGCUGAGGCAACCCUGGUCCCAUUCCUGCCUGGAAGACCACAGGGUGAACCAAGGUCUUCAGGGGCUCAUCAAGGUGAUACAGGAACCUCAACACACACUGUAGAACAAGGAUCAUCUGGUAAGGACCAGCAGGCUGGUACUUCAUCAGGAACCAAACCAAUCUACCGUGAGCCGAGGUUACCGGGUCGAGGAGACUCAGCACACGUAGGAGACGUCUACGUCAUCAAGAAGUCUCGUUCUGAUGCUUGGGCAACCUCUCACCCAGUCGAGAUGUCAGUCAUCGUGGGUAUGCUCGGGAUCGUCACCGUCGUCAUACUGGUCUGCUGGUCAAUUUACAAGAAAAGAUUGAUGAGGAAUCAUACAGCACUGAUACAGCUUAAUAAGGCAGAGGAGAGGCCAGAAGCCUGCGAGGCGGGCACUUUUCAGUACGAAGUAAUUCCGAAAACGGACGGGGCAAACCAACAAGUACAAGCCUCUUUAGCGCCCUCAGCGAUAGUUCCGCCAGAGGAGCACAUCUACCAAAACUUUCCCAUUUUUAAAUCGCGGGCAUUUCGUUACAAGAACAUUCAACCCCAGGUAUCUCAGGAGCCUAUAGAUGGUUUUUAUGAAGUGAGUCUACCAGAGGGAGAAAAUAAUCCAAGAUACACGAUGCUGAACGUAGGGGAUAGGCAGUCAUCGUCAUCUUAUACAGCGCUCCAAAAUACUCCAACUACGUCUAGAGAAGAGACAUGAUGAUCGCUCACCGAAUAGACGUAAAUUAAAAAAUGUGCAUCUACGCAAUAUUAUUUAUCACUGACUUACUGACAGUAAGUUCCUUGGAUCAGGAAUACUGAACUUUAACAAUAAUCAAUGAUGGAAAAAUGGUGGGGAGGAGAAUAUCAUAACGAUGAACAUGAAAAAUAAACACUAUUUUAAAGAAGCAAAAGACGACGAAAGAGACAUCGAAAAAAUAAUAAUAAUACAUGUAGGUGUACGAGGUUGGGGUAGGGCUGCAAUAACACCUAACCCCCGUCCCAACGAGGAUGUUUAAAGUACGGAUGUUUGUUUGUAUUAUGAUAAAUAAGUGACUUUUUGUUGUUUGGUCGCUCGCAAAAUAAAGAAAUGGAGACUUGAAGAGGCAUUAGCUUCCCUCAUAAAGAAAAAUGUGAGCUUAUUUGCCUGUUAAAAGAAGGAUGAACAACAGAAUCAUAAAAUGAUCACGACGACGAAGAUGAAGAAGAGUGAG